AUGUGUCCAGGAGAUAGCGCCACUCGCUACCUGAGCGCGAUCGAGUUUCUUGCUUUGCAGAGGGUCCUUUUUCGCCUGCUUUCAGACUACUUACCUCGACGGGAGCUCAAGAUAUGGGAGUUUGUGGCAAUUGCUCGUUUUUAUUGUUAUCCAAAUAGCACUGCCAUAGCUCAAGAAAUAGCUGAAGAGAAAUGGAUGAAAAAGUCAUUUGGAUUUGUUCCACCUCUACCUUCCAGUGAAAGAUCUGCGUUUAAGCCUGAACGAUCUGUGCUUGACAAUGAUACGAGGCAAAGGCUAGUGAAAGAACGCAGAGAAGGACGCGAGAGGUUACAACAUGUCGACAAGGAAAGGCACAUAGCUGAAAAAGACAUCGACUCCAGGAUCCUUUAUGAGAAACACAUUCAAGAACAACAGCGCAAACUCGCAGCACAGAGAGAAAAAGCUGGACAGCGGUGGGAAUCUGCACAACUCAGAAGAAGACUAAAAUUUGAAGAAGAAAGGGACAAAUUCAGAGGUAUACUUCUCCAGACCUUGAUACGAACCAACCGUAUUGAUCUAAAAAGAUUGUCAUGGGAAUUCCCUGCCACAAAGUCAAGGAGAAGAUCUGUCAAUAGACAUCCUAUUUCUCCUGAAAAACCUGAAAAAGAAAAUGCUCGCUUCGACAAAUAUAGGUUUACAUCAUCUGCAGGUUUUCCAAAUCCUUUUAGUAACGUACCAGACGAAAGAAGCAGAAUCUCCUCUUUAGCUACAAAAGAUAUGAAGCCGCACGCAUGUCCUGAACCGGAAAAACCACCAAAGGAAGAAAAACCACAUGGCAUCGAUAUACUGCAACGUAUAAGGACGUCCUUACGUAACCAGAGUAAUAACGAAUUGAAGCCUACUGUCAUGGCUCCUCAAUUUAGAGUAAUAAUGCCUCACCAGGCAAAAAUAGAAAUCUCUCCCAAGGUAAAAGUAGAAGUGUCCCCCAAGGUCAUGGUGGAAGUGUCACCUGAGGUCGUUGUGGAAACUUCUCCUAAGGUCAAGGUAGAAGCCUUCCAGAACACCGGCAUGAAAGCCUCUGACAAAGCCAACAUGGGAACAUCACCUGUGGAAACGCUUCCCAAGACUGGUGUCGAAGCACCUCCCAAGGCCAAAGUGAAAGAUUCAAUAAAGGUUUGUUAUUAA